AAAAUCGCCCAACCAUGAGCAGAGGGAGCUUCAUGGCAGCCAUGCGAGACGCCAGCGAUGGCACAGAUGUGGAGGAAUGAGGACGAGGAUGGCACACCAACAAGCAGCUGAAGUUACCCUAGCGAAGAUGAGCAUGUGUUGUGGAUCCAGGAUCGACGUGCACUCAGUGUGACGAGGUUCAGUUCGUGAAGGCAACUUGCAGUUAGGUGAAGCGAGCAGUGGGUGGAGCGUUUGGAUGCGGAGAUCAUCGCGACGAGACUGUUUUGAAUCUUGUUGUUGAUUUUAGAGCUUCUCUAUUGAGUUCAAGGAAGGAAGGGAGAUACACAGUUGAGUUUGGAGCAGUGGUAUUUGAAAAGUUGUGCUGGGAAGUCAGAGAGAGGCCAUAUCCUGUCCAGGAGAAGAAAGAUCUUUCUUGUCUUCUAGAAGCAGGCUGCAAUCUGAAGGAGUAGCUCCUGAGAUCUUUGAGCGGCACAUCACUGUACAAUACAAGCGCCCACGGGGGGGCAGGGGCACAUGAUGCCCACAGGGAUUAUCACCCAGGUGGAUCGGGACGGAAAUAUCAUCGAUGCGGGGAUCGACGAUGUUAUCAUCGACGAUGCCCGAGCGAGACAUGAGAGUAGCCUGCAGCUGACGGCUGCUGAGGGCGAAUCGAAGCGACAGAGGAAGCGAUGGUCUAUGAUGCGUUUCCUAUGUCGAUGCUUCUCACCUGUUGUCAUCGAGGCUCCGGAUGGCGCAUACAACCACUCUGCCGGACUGCAGAACGGGCACAUGCAGUCUUCUCAGUACGAUUACAGCAUGCAAGACCCAAACAUGGAUGACGUUUCAAGGAUGUACAAUGACAGCUUUCUUCUUCCACCGAAGCUUGUUCCUUUCAAAAUUACAUUGAUCUUAGAUCUAGAUGAGACAUUAGUUCACAGCUCCUUCAAACCUGUCCCUGGGGCUGAUUGGGUGGUCCCGGUUGAGAUUGAUGGCACGGUGCAUCGUGUUUUUGUAUGUAAGAGACCUGGUCUGGACAAUUUUAUGCGGAGGGUUGCCAAACUGUUUGAGGUUGUGGUGUUUACUGCAAGUCUGGACAAAUAUGCCAACCCAGUGUUGGACUUGCUGGAGAGAAGUGCGCCCAAGAGCGUUCAUUUCCGAUUGUUCCGAGAGCACUGUGUCUUCACCAACGGUGUUCUUGUGAAGGACUUGACGAGACUGGGAAGAGACCCACGGCAAGUCAUUCUGGUGGACAACUCACCGUCUUCCUACAUGCUUCAGCCUGAGAAUGCGAUCCCCAUCAGCAGCUGGUUUGACUCGCAGACCGAUCAACAGCUUCCUCUCCUGAUCCCGUGGCUUGAGAAACUGGCAGGAGAAGACGAUGUGUUACCGACCCUGCAGCAGCUGCGUCAAGCGAUCGACUCUUGCAAUGGAAACUUGUUGUCCAACAUUUCGGCUCAAGUUGUCUAG